UCUGUUCGCCGCUGUGUGUGUGUGUGUGUGUGUGUGUUUUUUUAACAACAUCCGCCCUUAGUGAAGCCACAGACGUGCUGUCAUAUUCUGUCACUUCCGCCCACCCACCUGACUGUUCUCUUUAUUCUCAUUCAUCUUCGCUCAGAGCUCGGUCUGUGAUGUCCUCCUCCCGUCAGAUCUGUGUGUUCCCUUCACCUGCAGAGCUUGCGCUCUCCCUUUCUCAGCUUCUGGUUCAUGAGUCCCAGGGCACCUGUAGCUUCCGGCUGGCUUUAUCUGGUGGGAGCCUGGUGCAGCUGCUAAGCCGGGAGCUCCCAAAGACCGCAGGGCUUAAUACAGCCGGCUGGAAAGUUGCCUUCUGUGAUGAAAGGCUUGUGCCAUUUUCAGAUCCAGAGAGUACAUACGGCGAGUAUAAACGCCAGCUGGUCCCCCAUGGGCUGCUCUCAGAGUCUCAGUUUGUGACUAUUGACCCGGCACUGCCUGUUGAGGAAGCUGCGGUGGAUUAUACCAAGAAACUGCGGGAGCUGUUCCCUGAUGACGGUCUUCCAGCGUUUGACCUAUUGAUUUUAGGAAUUGGACCUGAUGGACACACUGCCUCACUGUUCCCAGGACACCCUCUCUUACAGGUGACAGAUAAGGUUGUGGCCCCAAUUAGUGACUCUCCAAAGCCACCACCUCAGCGGAUUACUCUUACACUUCCAGUUAUUAAUGCAGCAAAAACAGUGGUAUUUGUGGCCACUGGAGAGGGCAAAGCGACUAUACUAAAGCGUAUACUCCAGGAAGAGGAAUCGGACCCUUUGCCGGCAGCCCGGGUCUCUCCGGUCCGUGGAAAGCUGCUGUGGUUCGUGGAUGAGCCGGCUGCUCGUGAGUUAACUUGCCCAGUGGAGAAGCACUCGGUUCUGUGAAGUCUCUCCAGACACAGAGGCUCCCAGAAUGGAAUCAUUACCAGGGUCUGGAGCCACACAAGCUGUACUCUGUGGUACCCGCACGGGCAGAACCAGAGAGUAGAACAGAACAGGAGCCAAAGGCAGAAUCCAGGCCGUGUGCAGAGUUUAGGCCAAAAGAUAGAACUGAUGGAGAGAAGUGAAGCCUUUAAGAACAGAAACUUCCAAAGCAAGAGCCAAAGAGAACAAUAAUCAGAGAGUUCUAGCCACGGAAAUAAAUCUCUGACCUCUACGACUAAAGACGGGCCAAGAAAGCCACGAAAACUCCUAAUCACUGAUGGAAAACCAGGCAUACACACAACAGAAGCAUUGAUGGAACCACAGCAUCCAAAAUCAUGGACUCUGCAUUACAUCUGUGACUUGAAAUAAACUACAGGCCCAAGCUAGGGCUUCAAUGGGUGUCACCCAGGCCAAGACUGGGAUCCAAAAUAGACCAGACAGUCCCCACCAGCUCAAUAAAUAGUGACUGUCUAUAGGAUCUUCCUUACAGCAGCCCCCAGAAUCAACAGAUUGCCAGUCUGGGCCUGAUGCCACCAACUAACCAUAGACUACAUCACCUGCCAAAAUGUUCUCUGAACCUCUCUUUUCCAUUCGUUGGAUCUGCCUGCUUGCCUCCCUAAAAUAUCUGCUCCCCUCUAGGAUCUGCCCCUUGGUGGAGGCACCAAUAAGACCAUUUGCUUCCAACUGAUUUGCACAUUCCAAAUGUAUCAUGUGACUGCACAUACAAUAAAGAACCAACUAGUUAACACAAAA